AUGGGCAAAGAGGAGUUUAUGAAGAGCGUUUUAUAUGUCUUGAACAUCAUAUACGCGAUCUUCGGUUUCGUGACCGCGGCAGUCGGGAUUUGGUUCUUCGUGCAGCUGACAGAGUUCGUUACCCUCAGGAACAGUAACCAUUACUUGCUGGACUACAGGGUGUACUGGCCCCAGGUCGCACCAUGGCUGUUCAUACUUCUGGGACUGUUUGUUAUGAUGGUCGCUUUCUGUGGCUAUUGCGGUGCUAAUAGGGAGAGCAGAGGACUUCUCGGUAUCUACGGACUCUUCAUGAUCCUGAUUGUGCUUGGACAAAUUAUCGCAGCUAGUUUGAUCUUCGUUUACGUCGAUGGGGAGGACACUGACAGAUUCAUCAAGGAUACAGUUUACGACGGAUACUACAACUCGCAAGCGAAUCCUGACAACUUGAGAGCUUUUGGAAGGAUCGAGAGGAAACUGAGGUGUUGUGGUGCCAAUGAUGCCAGAGACUACAGGAGCUGGAGAAACGACCUGCCUUUAACGUGUUGCUUGGACAGUUAUUAUCGAGCUACUUGUGACUUCACUGAUAAGGAGGCUAAUGAGCGUCUAGGUUGUGCUAAAGUGGCGGCAGCGUACACUAAGAUUAUAAGUUCAGUUAUUGCUGGAGUGUCACUCAUUAUAUCUCUGUUGGAAAUAACGGGUGUGGUGUUAGCGUGGAAACUGUUCCAUUCUCUAAGAGAAGUCGAACAUUAUAUAACGGAAAGAAAAGAAGGUGAAACGGAAUGUUAG